ACCCUCGUGGAUGGAUGGUUGAGUGGUUGAGCCCCUCCUGAAGAAUUAUGGUCUGCCUUCCAUGGCCGGGGAAACCUUUGUACUGGCCGGGAAGAUGAACGAGCGUAUGUGAGUGCGUGAGGGAAAAAUUCAAGGUGUUCAAUACAUAAAGCCAAUGAAAUCCAAACAUUCACAUCCAGUUGGCGUUUGACAUCUCAAAGACCAUGAAGUGCAUUCUCUAAAGUCCUGACUUAGGAACACCAACAUCUUUGGCAUCGAAUUAUUUAUUUAUUUAUUUAUUUGCUUAUUUAUUCAUCGACACAAAAGCAUCAAGUUUAAAAUGCAGCUCAGAUUUAUAUACGCCAUUUUCUUGGCCUUGACGAUCCUGGCCAGGACGAAUGCGUUCAAGUUCAAGACAGACGAAUCGGAGAAGGAACUCGGAACGGAAUCUCCGAUCUUGCUCAAGAAUCCGUUCGCUGAAGCUGCUAAGACAUCAGCCACUGACAUUGAAGAAACCGACACGCCUCAAGAGGAUGCCAAUGGAGAUGCCGUGAUAUUUGGGGACAAGCAAUCUCUGCCGUUGGAGACCAAAUCAGUUCAAGAACCAUCAGCUAAAGUGAAAGAUGAUGAAUUGAUCACCGGGGACGAAACUCUGGUGGAUGAGGAAAAGGCUCGAGAUGAAAAAUCCGCUGAUAGCCCCAACGAAAACGAAGAAGUCGAAGGAAGAUUCUUCUUGAAAGACAAACUUUGCGCAUUAGGCCUAACUUCGUGCGAACCUAAAAGAGGAUCGUCUUAUCACCAACACGUGGACUCCACUGUUGGUUAUGCCCAUGGCAAUGUCAAGUACGUUCAACCGGUGAAGGUGGUGCCCCACGGUCCUCCCGUUCCUGCCAUCGACCUCGAUAACGGCUACGGUGCGCCAAAGCCAUCCCAUCACUCGCAAUCCAGUGGAUAUGGUGCGCCUAAGCCCAGUUAUAACUCUCCAUCCGAUUCUUAUGGUCCUCCCAAGCCAUCCUACACGCCCACCUCAGGCUCCUAUGGUGCUCCUAAACCGAGUUAUAACGCUCCCAAACCCGCCUACAAUGCCCCUUCUCCUUCCUCGUCUUACGGAGUCCCUAAGCCUUCCCAUGGUAACCUCACCCCUACCUAUGGCGCCCCUAAGCCCACAUAUGAUGCUCCUAAGCCCGUGUACAAGCCCAGCUAUAACCCGCCCACUGAUUCCUAUGGCGUUCCUAAGCCUUCCUAUAACGCCCCAGUCGAUUCUUAUGGAGCUCCUUUGGCCAAACCAUCCUACCAACCCCCCAUUUACCACUCAACUGGAAGCUUCAGCAGCAAAUUCGAUGUCUCCGAGAGUCAAAACACGGGCUUUGUGGCCUCUUCGUCCUCCAACGCCAACGGCAAUGCCAACUUCCAUCAUGAGCAUCCCUUCCAGACCAAUUUCCAGUCCACCAAUAACAAGAGGGAGAACUCGCAAUUUGGCAUCGGGGAUGUCGCUCGUCCAGGCCAACACAAUCACUUUCAUGCGACCAAUGUGAACCAUCAGAGCACGGGCACCUUUCAGCAGACCCAGGGCAAUAAUGGUUUCUCUCAAAACCAUAAUGCCUUUUCUCAACCCCAAGGGAUUGUGCCUGGAGUGAAUUCUGGACAUCGACAAGGUCGCAAGGACGAGUGUCUUUGCGUGCCAGUGGCCGAGUGUCCCACUCACAGCAUCGUUAACAGCUUCAUUGAUUAUUCACAACUCAUCGAUCCUCGCACCAAGAAAACCAUCAUUGAGGGCGAAAACAAGGUAGCUUCGGCUCAAAAUACUGAUUCCUUGGAUCUGGCCAAAGAAACUACUGACGUCGAAUCCAAUAGAGCCAGGUCACUGAAGUUGGACAUCCUUGUCGAAGAUGUCCAGGACAGUCCUGUGAAAGCAAGGUCACCUGAAAAGGUUGAAGCUGGGUCUGGUGACGAUGCCGAGAUUGACGUUUCAGCACCCAGGACCGACAAGAUCACUCGCACAGAAGAGUCGAAACGAAAGCGUCGCGACUUAACUGAGCAAUUACCCUUGGCCAAAGACAAUGAAUCUGAGGAUGAGGAAGAAAAUAUUGAAGCCACCACCAGACUAUUGGCAGAGGGGGAAGGUCAAAUCACGGAUGCUGAAGGGCGACGACUCUCAAAUGUCUUGGCAGAGGCGAAUGAAGUCACUCCCGAAGAUGAAAACUUGUCUAGAGAUGCGAUUGAAAUCGAUCUGAUCAGUGAAAAAGAUUUGGAGGAGCGAAAAUGCCCAGAAUACGGUUGUUCCACUGACGAUAAGAGUGAGCCCGAUUUCAUCUCGAUUGAUGAUAUCAUUGAGCAAAAUGAGCAGAAGAAAAAGAUAAAUUUGGGUGAAAUCGGAUCUACGGUCUCUGAUAAGGUCACAGCAGCCAGCACUUCCGUCAAGGGUGGUGUAGAUAGGUUCAUUGGCAAUAUUGGCAACUUCUUCGGUAUCAACGGUACACUCCAACCAACGGUGGGCGUCUCUUUUGGAUUACCUCAAGCUGGCCCUGGAUAUGGUGGAUAUGCUCAAAAUCCCCUGGAAACCGGAGGAGCAAUUAACCCGUACUACAAUAGUCCCAAUGGCUUGCCUGUGGGUGCGGUGGAUUUGAAUCCUUUGGUCUCAUUUCAAACCACUACCAACGAAGAAGGUGAACUGGUAGCCAAGCCAUUGAUCAAUUUGCACGUCACUCCCAAUGGCUGCGGCAUCUUUGGAUGUGACAACGAUGACCCUUUCAAUACGAAAAAGAGUGGCAACGGCGGUCUUUUGGAUUUCUUGUUCAAGAACAAGAACGAAAAUUCCAAACAAAACUAUUAUCAACAAGAACAGCAGCCCAACAAUUAUCACACCGGCCAAUACGAUCAAUUCGAGCCCUCGUCUUACAUUCCCACUCAACAAUUCGUUCCUUACCAACCUCAACAAACGACCACCCAACAAUACCAAAGCAACUACCAACCCACUUACACUCGACCCAUCGGUCCCCAGGUUCAGUCACAGAGCAAUCCCGAUCGCUUCUUCGAGGAUGACUCCGGAUCCCAAUCAACCGUGGUCCACAAACACCACCACUACCAUCAUCAUAAAGUUUCAGGAUCCAAUCAAGGACUGAACUUUGGUAUCGUGGAUGACGUGUACUCGCGAAAUCCUAAUAUUGACGAGACCAUCGAGGCCACAAAUAAUGUCAAGCGAAAUACCUUUGGAACAGUGGAAGAGGUUCCCAUUGAACAAGUCAGACCUAUUGGGUCUCAAAACAAACCCAAGAAAGGCGUGCGUUUCCCCAGUGCUCGCAGUUUGGACCGCAAGAAGCGCAGCCCUGAUGGAGUGGGUCAUCACGGACAUCACGCAGGUCAUCAUGGACAUCAUGAUCCCAAUCACCAUCAAGCUCAGUUUGGCCACCAUGAUCCUAAUCAUCAAGGCCAAUUUGGACAGCAUCAUCCGAAUCAUCAAACCCAAUUUGGACAACAGCCUCUUCCCGGUCAGCAAGUGCCUCAACAAAACAACGGACAAUUCGGAGUCCGUCCCACACUCCCUAGCUUUGAAGACUUGCGACACUUUGGUCCCAACGGAGUGAGGCCCCCAACUUGUGGCGGUCCCGGAAGCGGCUUUGUUUGCUGCAAAGUAGACAGCGAUCCCUUGGGCAAUACCAUCUUCGUGCCCCACCGUGGCUUCCAAUCCUCGUCUUCCAAUAUCAAUCAAGUAGGAGGAGGCUUUGCCGCCAAAGAGCAAUUCAGUGGCAAUGGGCAAUGCGGCGUGAGGAAUACCCACGGCAUCACCGGUCGUGUGGCCCCUGGGCGUUUUGCUGCUGACGAGGGAGAUACGGAUUUCGGUGAAUAUCCUUGGCAAGUGGCCAUUCUGAAGAAAGAGGAGUUCGACAACGUGUAUUUGUGCGGUGGAUCUCUCAUUGAUGGCUCUCAUAUCUUGACUGCCGCUCAUUGUAUCGACGACUAUCGUCCAGAACAACUCAGAAUUCGAGUGGGUGAAUGGGAUGUCAACAAUGACUCUGAAUUCUACCCCCAUGUCGAGUUUGACGCAUCCAGAAUCUUCAUUCAUGACAAAUUCUACGAGGGCAACCUUUACAACGAUAUCGCCAUGGUCAGGAUCAACGGCUACGUCGAUUACGUCAGAAAUCCCCAUAUCAGUCCUAUUUGCCUGCCGGAUCCUCAAUUGGACUUCUCCAACCGUCGCUGCUACGUGACCGGCUGGGGCAAGGAUGCCUUCCAGGAGGGAAAUUACCAACAUGUGCUCAAGGAGGUUCAAGUGCCCGUUGUCAGAAACGACCAAUGUCAACGCAUGCUUCAGCAGACCCGCCUGGGUCCCAAUUUCGAGUUGGCCCAAGGGUUCAUGUGCGCUGGAGGAGAAGAAGGUAAAGACGCUUGCAAAGGUGACGGAGGCGGUCCCUUGGUCUGUCAAGUCAAUGGUCUUUGGCAAUUGGCCGGAAUCGUGUCUUGGGGAGUCGGGUGCGGCGAAUACAAUGUUCCUGGGGUGUAUGUGAAGGUUUCCCACUACCAAGACUGGAUCCAGGAACAAUUGCUGCGACAAAACUAAUCUGGAGCACCAACCAUGUCAAUGCAGGACGUCCUCGAAGAAGGGCAUAGCUUUUUGACCCUCGAGGAACAUUUUAGUAAUACAUAUUGUAUAAUGGCCCAUUGCCAGUUUAUGACAUAUGUUCCCUCCUAUUUAUGACAAUGAGUAGUUAAUUGCUAAUAAAAGGUCUUACUCUAA